UACUGGAACUUCACCUGGACAGCAGAGGACGAAAUCGGCUUCCCCAAGGAGAUGGCGGCAAGUGCAGGUUUGGAAUGUUCUACAAAGGGGAAGUCAUGCAACCUCGGCUCUGAUGGAUACCAUCCAGAGUUCGCAUGGAGUAUAACAUCCGCAGAGGACUCCUGGGCGGAGGAUCAUGGAGGCAUGGAGACCACAGGAGGAAAUUCUCAAGGCUGGGAAGAAGGGCGCUUUCUGUCAGUGAACGGCUCGGCUCUGGAAGGGCCGUGGGUUCUGAGUCCGUGGCUGCGUGCGCUCUAUUGGCCCUGUGAAUUGGAUGUGACAGUGUUUCUGCACCCCAGGCAGAAAGGGCGCUACACAGUGUGGCUCAUCGAGAGAGAUAAACCUCCGCUGGCUCUGCUCACUACCGAACCUCCCCACAUCACAGGCUGGGCGGUGGUGCACCUCAGCCUGGGCUCACGGGCCAGACCUUUCAGGAUCUCGUCAAGUUAUGACCAGCCUGGAGAGCAGGAGACCGCCACCUACGACCCCCUCUUCAUCACUAACUGCACCAUGGAGACCUCUCGAAAUGUCACCCUGGAGGGCCGCUACCACUGCAGAGAGGGUCAGGAUAUCAGCCUGGGCCAGCUGUGUGACUUCACUCCAGAUUGUCCGCAGGGGGAUGACGAGGGCGAGGCGUGCCGUCAGUUCCUCAAUGGCAGCUACUGCUCUUUUGAAGACGGCGAUUGUGGAUGGCAGCUGGUGUCAAGCAGAAGUCCCUACAAGGUGGUCCACCCCUCCCUUCCGAAAGGGCUCAGGAGCAGCUGUCCAUCGUCAGGGGCUGUUUUGGCUGUAGAAAGUCAAUCCAAAGGUCAACGGGGGUCAGUAGUUGUGCGGAGUCCACUCUUCCUCUACCCUCUGCGGAACGCCCCGUGCAUGGUACAGUUCCAGGUGUGUGGGAAUCCAAGAGGUGCUCUGUCUCUUUGGAUUGUGGAGAACAGCACAGGACCUGAGGGCCAAAGAAGUCUAUGGAACUCUACCAGCGAAGCCAAGAUAGACAAAGGCUGGAGAUUCGUCACUUUCCCACUGUUUGGAUUGGUCGACUCGUUCUACCUGCAGUUCAUUGCAGACAUUUCUCCUGACUCUGAUGUGGCUUUUGCUGUGGAUAAUUUCACUCUUAGCAUGAACUGCUUCCUUGCAACAAAUGGAGAAUUCCCUCCAGUGUUUCCCACAAGCGCUUCAGAAGGGAAGCUCAGACCCACCGGUCCAAUCAAGACCACCAUAUCAGUGGAUGGAGGCUCUGGAGCACUGUCCCUACUGCCCACGCCAUCAAACCCUAUGAAGUGGUUUUUCCAUACCUGUGGGGCCAUUGGAGCAGAGGGCCCGACUCCCUCUCAGUGCGCCAGCGCCUACCGCAACACCAACAUCAACGUGACUGUGGGAACAAAGGGAGUGCUGAAGGGCAUCCAGAUGUGGAGAGUUCCUGAGACAGGAACAUACAGGAUUACAGCUUAUGGUGCGGCAGGUGGACGCAGCGUUCUGACCACGCUCCGAUCACAUGGGGUCUACAUCACAGGAGACUUCAGGCUGCUGAAAGACGAAGUGCUCUACAUCCUGGUGGGACAGCAGGGAGAAGAUGCCUGUCCUAAAGCUCUGGAGCCUCUGCGGCAGAUUUGUCGUGAUCAGAAAGGCCCUCCAGACAGCAAGAGCGUGCUCAGAGGGGGAGGAGGAGGAGGAGGGGGUGGAACCUACAUUUUUAAGGUGGAGAACGGAGUCUACAUUCCUCUGCUCAUCGCCGCUGGGGGUGGAGGCCGUGGCUACAGCGGUCACUCAGAGAGCCAGGAGGAGGAGGUGGACCAUGACCCCAGCAUCCCUGGCCUAAACGGCGUGUCAGGAGCUGCAGGGGGUGGUGGAGGCUGGAAUGACAGCAUCCCUGUCCUUCAGGGUGGGAGACCGCUGGUUCAUGGAGGUCAGGGAGGAGAACCAUGCCAAACUCUGGGUUGGAAGACUCGUGGGGGCUUUGGGGGAGGUGGAGGAGCAUGUACAAGUGGAGGAGGAGGAGGAGGCUACAGAGGUGGCAGCACUUCAGGAAACAAUGACCCUGAACAGGAUGGAGAGGAUGGUUCAUCCUUCAUCAGCCCAGACGGAGAGAUGUUCAUGGAUGCACUCAAAGCCAUGGAGGGCGAUGGUGAAGUGAUCAUUAACCCGGUGCAGAACUGCAGUCACUGUGAGUCAGGAGAGUGCCAUGAGACUUUGGAGGGAACAGAGUGUUACUGUGAGGAUCUAAUUCUGGCCUCUGAUGGAGUGUCCUGCAUCAACUCUUCAGAGAUAUCUCAGCUCCAGCAGCCCUCUCUCUCUCGCCUGGCUUUGGCGCUGUCCGUGGGCACGUCUGCGCUCAUUGCUGCUCUGCUGCUGGCCGUGUCAGGAGUCAUGAUCAUGUACAGGCGCAAGCACACUGAGCUUCAGUCCAUUCAGCUGGAGCUACAGAGUCCGGACUGCAAGCUGAGUAAGCUGCGAGCAUCCACAAUAAUGACCGACUACAACCCCAACUACUGCUUCGCUGGCAAGAUGGCAUCUGUGAACGACCUUAAGGAGGUUCCCCGCCGCAACAUCUCCCUGACCAGGGGUUUGGGGCAUGGUGCUUUUGGAGAGGUCUAUGAGGGUCUGGCUGUUGGAAUACCUGGAGAACCCAGUCCUAUGCAGGUAGCAGUCAAGACGCUUCCAGAGGUGUGUUCUGAGCAGGAUGAACUGGACUUUCUGAUGGAGGCUCUCAUAAUCAGUAAGUUCAGCCAUCAGAACAUCGUGCGGUGUAUAGGGGUGAGUCUGCAGGCCCUGCCACGCUUCAUUCUGUUGGAGCUGAUGGCUGGAGGAGACCUCAAGAGCUUCCUUAGGGAGACGAGACCCAGAAUGGAACAUCCUUCCAGCCUCACCAUGGUGGAUCUUCUCAACAUAGCCAGAGACAUAGCCCGCGGCUGCCAGUACCUAGAGGAGAACCAGUUCAUUCACAGGGAUAUUGCGGCCAGGAACUGCCUGCUCACCUGUAAAGGUCCAGGAAGAGUGGCCAAAAUCGGAGACUUUGGCAUGGCCAGAGACAUCUACAGAGCCAGCUACUAUAGGAAAGGUGGCCGUGCCAUGCUGCCAGUUAAAUGGAUGCCUCCGGAAGCCUUCAUGGAAGGAAUAUUCACCUCCAAAACUGAUACAUGGUCUUUUGGCGUGUUGCUAUGGGAGAUUUUCUCUCUGGGUUAUAUGCCCUACCCUAGCCGCAGUAAUCAGGAGGUUCUUGAGUUUGUCACUAAUGGAGGCAGGAUGGACCCUCCAAAGAACUGCCCUGGUCCAGUAUACCGGAUAAUGACGCAGAGCUGGCAACACCAACCUGAAGACAGGCCAAACUUCUCCACUAUCCUAGAGAGAAUUGACUAUUGUCUUCAGGAUCCGGAUGUUGUGAACGUCCCGCUGCCUGUGGAGUAUGGCCCUGUGCCUGAGGAGGAGGAGCGGGUGCCCAUGCGUCCGGAGGAUCCUGCCGCAGCCUCUCUGCUGGUUGCUCCUCAGGGGGCAGAGGAGGCAGCUCCUGCUCCCUCGUCUCGCUCUGAGGAGGCCAAGAGGGCUGCUGAGGCUCUGCUGAUGGGCAGCCACCUGGCUGAUGGCAAGCCUGGAGCUGGACCUGGAGCUCCAUCCCAGCUCCACUCACACCCGCAGGCCCCCUCAGGACCUGGGCAGCCGGCCUGCAGCAAGGCCUCCACCGCACCCCCCUCAGCCCAGGAGGGAGGCCACGUAAACUUGGGCUUUACCCAAGCCCACCCGGGCGAGAAGGAAAACCGCAACGGGAAGCCUACCAACCUGUGGAACCCUACCUAUGGCUCAUGGUUCCUCCAGCAGCAGCAGAAGCGGCAGCAAGCCCAGGCCCAAGCCCAGGCCCAAGCCCAGGCCCAAGCCCAGGCCCAGGCCCAGGCCCAGAGGCAGGCCCAUGGGGGCCAGCAGCGGCUCCCGGCUGAGGGUCAGGAGCACUCGGGCAGGACUGUGACUGUGGCCGAGGCUCUGGGCCUGCAGCACCAGCACAAGCAGCAACAGCAGCAGUACCAGCAGCAGAUCCAGCGCCAGCAGCAACAACAACAACAACAAGGCCUAUGCAGGCCUCUAUUACCCCCUCCUCCCCCACCAGCCCCCGCACCCUUGCUGCUGGAUUCGGCAGCCCUCCCUCCAGUCCCGCUCUACAGACUGCGCCGCUUCCCCUGUGGCAACAUCGGCUACGGCUACCAGGAGCAAGGCCUGCCUCUGGAGCCCCCCAUGUCUGUGUCGGGACCCCAGGCCACCGCCGCCGCCCCACCACCUCCUGCUCCUGCCCCUCAAAUCCCCGGCCAGCAAAGACCCAUCACAAUGGCCCGGACCAGCGGCCCUGAGGAUGGCCGCCCCCUGUUGGUCACCAUGGGAACAGUGCAGGACUCCAGACUCCCUAAGAUGGAAGGGCACAACGCCACAGUGCUUUAA